CAGGCGGUCUAAAGUCUCUUGCUCGGCCGCCAGGUACCUGCUUGACAAGGUGGACGCCGGGCAGUACGGCAGCCGCGUGAUGAUCCUCAACGGCAAGGACGGCAGCUUGCUGUUCAACUCGAGCUACCCUCGCCUGGAGUGGAGCACCUUCAAUGCAGAUGCCUACUCGGACGCGCGAGCGAAGGCCAACGGCUUCGACCUGCAGGUCGCUCUGGGCGCCACCCUGUCGUACCUCCGGCAGCACGACACCGACUUCCACCGGCGGCGCGUGGUCGCGGGCCGCGGCCAGGCCGUGCUGUACCUCACGCCCGCGCUCGGCAGCUACGACCAGAGCCGCUUCUACACCCGCUUCGACAACUACCGCCAGCUGUACCCGGACGUGGACACGCUCGUGCUCACCUCGGGCAACAAGAACUCCUUCGGCGUGCUCACCAACGACACGAACCUCAACGUGUUCACGUUCACCGUCACGGACCCGGCCAGCGCCAUCAGGCCGCUCGUCGAGAGGAUCAAGGCUGUCCCGCGGCGAAUCCGGAACGCCAACUGCGACGCGGACUGGGCCGAGGACGGCUCGGGCAACCUCGAGUUCAUCGACUACGUGGAGCCGCUCGGCGUCAACUACUACCGCCUCGCGCCCAACAACUUCUACCGCACGAAGGACGACUACGCGCGCGUGCGCGUGCAGGGCCAGGGCUACGGCACGCUCACCGUGUGCUACUCGCGCACGCUGCCCACCAUGAACGGCACCCAGAACUCGUACGCGUCGCAGGCGGACUCGUCGGCGGGAACCUGCCAGCAGCUCAGCACCGGCAACGUGGAGAUCAAGCUCGCCAACCUCUGCACGGACGCGUCGCUCGUCCGGGACUGCGCGCCGCUCUACCUGGCCGUGUCCGCCGGCCAGGCGACGCAGGCCGUCGAGAUGCGCUGCAACGAGGAGGCGUGUCGCUUCCCCGACAUGCUCAAGUACACGGUGAUCCUGGAGCGGGUGGGCUGCUGGAGCGCCGCCGGCGCGCUGCACGCGGCCUGGCUGCUCACGGCUCUGCUCGCCGCGCUGCCGCUGCUGCUGCAGUUUAGACAGUAGACGUCGAAUUCCAGGUCGAAUUCUCUGCCGUCGUCCUCGCGGCGAACAAGCGGUGCCUGCCGCCUGCCCCGAACCGCCACGCCACGCCGCUCCGCGGGGUCGGAUGGGGCCGCAGCGCCGCUAAAAGAGCCUUGCCGCUAUUGUGCGUUAACGUCGAUGCGAUUCGGAUAAAUGCUCUCGACAAACACAAAAACAAACAACGUUAAAUUCAGAACCCAACAUUCUAAAAAUCAUACAGCGCGUGUUUUCGUCUCCUUUCUGUGACGGGCGUGGCGCGGAGUUAUUCGGUCGGUUCUUAUUCGGUAUCAUCGGCGGUCGCCAGAUAAGGCGAGACGCACAUUCCUGUCCAAGGCCUCAUCGUACCUGCGCGGCGUGAGCCGCCAAAGCCCUAGGCAGCGACUGCCCGCGGGCCCCACUGCUGCCAAAAUAAUGGGGAAAACCCAACAAAAUCGAUACUUUUAAUUUUUCUGAACGUGGAAAUUGUAGAUUUGACGAUGUUUUCGCGAAUUAUUCUUGGUGACUGCCGGGGCACAGAGCAGAGCAGGCAUUCCUCUUUGUGCCCACAACCUUACAAGUCAUUUUAAUUCCACUCUAAAAAGUCUGACUGCCAUAUAGUUACUCGUCGCCGAAGGACUGCAUAGCAAAUAACAUGGCAUUCGUUAGUUAGGAUUUCAUCAACCAUUUAUUUUUUACCACCAACAUUGUAGAUGAAGUAAGAUAGAAUUACUAUUUGUAAAUUAUGAGAAAU